AUGGCAGAAAAAUUCUUGGCGAAAUAUUUUCCUCCCGCAAAAACUGCUAAGAUGAGGAAUGAUAUCUCUUCCUUCUACCAAUUGGAGUCAAAAACUUUAUAUGAUACAUGGGAGAGGUUUAAGGAAUUACUACGGAAGUGCCCACAUCAUGGGAUUCCAGACUCGCUUCAAGUGCAAACCUUCUACAAUGGGUUGAACCCAGCCACAAGACAAAUGAUAGAUGCUGCAGAGAGGGACACUUUGAAUAGCAAGACACCAAGGGUUGCACAAGAACUGUUUGAAGAAAUGGCAAUGAACAGCUAUCAAUGGAGCUCCACUCGAUCCAAACCUGCGAAAUUUGCUGGAAUUUAUAGUCUUGAUGCAGUAACAUCCUUGGCAAUGCAAGUUGAAGCCUUAUGGAAGAAGAUUGAUGGUUUAUUUGUUAACCAUCCGGUUGCUUCGGUGAUGAGAUGUGAUAUUUGUGGAGGAGGCCACCCUAAUCAUGAGUGUCGAGCUACUCAGGAAGAACAUGCCAAUUUGAUAGGAAACAUACCACCAUACCAAAAUUAUAAUGGCAUGAAUAAUCCAGCCUGGAGGAACUAUGCAAACCCACCAUGGAAUAACAACCAACAGCCAACGCGGAACAACACACCCUCAGGAUAUCAACAAGCCCCACAUCAACUACCACCCCUAGCUGAAAAGAAGUCAAACCUUGAGGAGUUGAUGACCAAAUUCAUUCAAACUUUAGAAUCUCGACUCCUCUCAGAAAGACCCCAAGGAAGCUUGCCUGGCAAUACUGAGACUAAUCCUAGGGAGCAAGUUAAUGCAGUAACAUUAAGGAGUGACAGAACAUUACAAGAGAAAAGGAAGCAAGAAACAGAAAAAUAUGCAGUUGAAGAGGAGGAUAAAUGUCAAGAGGAGACUGUGGAAAAUCUCCCUAUGCCCAAGUAUGCCAAAUUUCUGAAGGAUCUACUGUCCAAUAGGAAGAAAUUAGAGGAGUUGGCCACAGUAACUCUGAAUGAAGAAUGCUCAGCAAUUCUGCAAAAUAAGAUGCCCAAAAAAUUAAAGGAUCCAGGGAGUUUUACUCUUCCUUGUCUCAUUGGCAGAUUGAUAGUUGAUAGGGCUUUAGGUGAUUUAGGUUUGGGAGAACCUAGGCCAACUAGAAUGAGUAUUCAACUAGCUGAUAGGUUAAUUAAAUAUCCUAGGGGUAUCAUUGAGGACGUGCUUGUAAAAGUGGACAAAUUUAUUUUUCCUGUUGAUUUUGUGAUUCUUGAUAUGGACGAGGACAUUGAUGUCCCCUUGAUCUUAGGUCGUCCAUUUUUAGCUACUGCAGGAGCUAUAAUUGAUGUGAGGGAUGGAAAGUUAAUUUUGAGGGAAUUCUUGAUUUCAAACCCAUUGAAAAGAAGCUUAGUUCAUGAUAGAGGAAAAGAUGAUAUGAGCUUGGUAACUCAAGAACAGUGGUGUCAUUUAGAAGCCACUAAGCCAUUAUGGAGAAAGAGAGACUUCAAAGUUUUGGACUGGAAAUUAGAGAAGCAACCCAACCCAUCCAUCAAUGAACCACCAGAUGUAGAAUUGAAGGUCUACCAUGAUAAAAAAUUCAAGGGAGGCAAUGUUCGGAUACCACAUCCUAGAACCCUGAAGUUGUUUGAGGUACCGAUGUGGAAAGUAAGGGAUGGAAUUUCUAUUAAUACCUUGUGCUAA